GUUGUCACCCCAAAUGGCUUGAACAUUAAGAAAUUUUCAGCAAUGCAUGAGUUUCAGAAUUUGCAUUCCAUGUACAAGGCUAGGAUCCAAGAGUUCAUUCGAGGUCAUUUCUAUGGCCACCUUGACUUCGAUCUUGACAAGACCUUGUUUUUCUUCAUUGCUGGGAGAUAUGAGUUUUCCAACAAAGGAGCUGAUAUGUUCCUAGAAGCCUUAUCAAGAUUAAACUUUUUGCUGAGGGUUCACAAGGCUGAUGUUACAGUUAUCGUGUUCUUCAUCAUGCCAGCAAAAACCAACAAUUUCAAUGUGGAAACCUUGAAAGGACAAGCAGUCCGGAAGCAGCUCUGGGACACUGCACAGUCUGUGAAAGAAAAGUUUGGAAGGAAACUCUACAAUGCCUUGCUGAAAGGAGAAAUCCCAGACCUGAACAAGAUUCUUGACCGAGAUGACAUAAGCAUUAUGAAAAGGGCCAUCUUUUCAACUCAGAGACACUCUCUGCCUCCAGUGACCACCCACAACAUGAUUGAUGACAGCAAUGACCCAAUCCUCAACACCAUCCGGCGCAUUGGGCUGUUCAACAACCGCACAGACCGCGUGAAGGUGAUCCUACAUCCAGAGUUUCUUUCUUCAACAAGCCCCUUGCUGCCCUUGGACUAUGAGGAGUUUGUUAGAGGCUGCCACCUUGGUGUAUUCCCAUCAUACUAUGAACCCUGGGGCUACACUCCAGCUGAGUGCACUGUGAUGGGCAUUCCCAGUGUAACCACAAAUCUCUCUGGAUUUGGCUGUUUCAUGCAGGAACAUGUUGCUGACCCAGAAGCUUAUGGGAUCUACAUCGUGGACAGGAGGUUCCGCUCGCCGGACGAGUCGUGCAACCAGCUGACCCAGUUCCUGUACGGGUUCUGCCAGCAGAACCGGCGCCAGAGGAUCAUCCAGAGGAACCGCACCGAGCGCCUCUCCGACCUCCUGGACUGGAAGUACCUGGGCAGGUAUUACAUGCAUGCCCGACACUUGGCCCUCAGCAGAACAUUCCCAGAUAAAUUUGAGAUGGAACCAAGUGCUCCACCAAAGACCGAAGGUUUCAGGUUCCCCAGGCCUUCAUCGGUGCCGCCAUCGCCCUCUGUCUCCCAGCAUUCCAGCCCUCACCACAGCGAAGCCGAGGACGAAGAUGAGGAUGAGAGAUACGAUGAGGAUGAGGAAGCUGAAAGGGAUAGGCAGAACAUCAAGUCCCCCUUUUCCCUUGGAGCCUUGCCACAAGGAAAGAAGAAGCAGCAUGGAGAAUACAGGAACUGA